GUGCAGCUCUCUCCAUCGAAAACCAUGUAUAACAGUUAAGGAUUGUUUGAACUGCUGAUACGAGUAGAACUGGUGGGGAGAUUGGUUUGUCUUCGUUUAUUGACUAUAGCCUAUCUAAACCUGUUACAGGGGACUGUUCAUCAACAAGGGCUUGGGAAUGGAACGGUGGCGAUGCUAGGCUUACCAUGGGCAGCGUCACUCUGCGCUACUUCUGCUAUGGGUGUCUCUUCACGUCGGUGACCUGGACCCUCCUGCUCUUCCUGUACUUCACGCUCAGCCAGGAGAGUCCGCCCUUCAAAUAUGUGCCCGUCCCGGGGGGCCAGCCCUUCAGCCAUCAGCACCGUUUCCAGCCGCGCUUCACCAGGGGCCCGGGGCCCCCGCCCCCGCCCCAGGACCCGCCCAGGGAGCUGCCCCGCAAAGGGCCCGUACCGGGCAGGAAGGCCGCCGACCUCUCCCCAGAGAUGGGAAUGAUCUUUAACGAGCAGGACCAGGAGAUUCGAGACAUGGGUUACCACAAGCAUGCUUUCAACGUGCUCAUAAGCAACCGUCUGGGAUACCAUAGAGACCUGCCUGACACUAGAAAUGAAAAGUGUAAGGACAAGGCGUACCCCAUGGCUCUACCCUCGGCCAGUGUGGUGAUCUGCUUCUUCAAUGAGGCCUUCUCCGCCCUGCUGAGGACGGUGCACAGCGUCCUCGACCGCACGCCCGCCUUCCUGCUGCACGAGAUUAUCCUGGUGGACGACAACAGCGAGCUGGCCGACCUGAAGGAAGAUCUGGAUGCCUACAUCCGGCAGAACCUCCCCGGGAAGGUCAGACUGGUCCGGAACGGGAAACGUGAGGGCCUGAUCCGGGGGAGGGUGAUUGGAGCUUCCCACGCCACAGGGGAGGUGCUGGUCUUUUUGGACAGCCACUGCGAGGUGAACGAGGUGUGGCUUCAGCCGCUGCUAACGCCAAUCAAGGAGGACCGACACACAGUGGUGUGCCCCGUCAUCGACAUCAUCAGCGCCGACACGCUCGUCUACAGCCCCUCCCCCAUCGUCAGGGGAGGUUUCAACUGGGGCUUGCACUUCAAGUGGGACCCUGUGCCCUUGUCUGAGCUGAACAGCCCGGACGGAGCCAUCGCGCCAAUCAGGUCUCCAACAAUGGCUGGGGGACUGUUCGCCAUGGACAGGAAGUACUUCAACGACCUGGGGCAGUACGACAACGGGAUGGACAUCUGGGGAGGGGAGAACCUGGAGAUCUCCUUCAGGAUCUGGAUGUGUGGCGGCCAGCUCCUGAUCAUCCCGUGCUCGCGGGUCGGACACAUUUUCCGGAAAAGACGACCCUAUGGUUCACCGGGAGGACAGGACACCAUGGCCCAUAACUCCCUGCGCCUGGCCCAUGUGUGGAUGGACGAGUACAAGGAGCAGUACUUCGCCCUCCGGCCGGAGCUCAGGACGCGGAGCUACGGCGACAUUAGCGAGCGGCUAGCCGUGCGCAAGCAGCUGCAGUGCCACUCCUUCCGCUGGUACCUGGACAACAUCUACCCCGAGAUGCAGGUGUCCGCCCCGCACAACAAGCCCCAGCAGCCGGUCUUCGUCAACAAGGGUCUGAGGAGGCCCAAAGUACUGCAGCGGGGAAGGCUCCGCAACCUGCAGGUGAACAAGUGUCUGGUGGCCCAGGGGCGCCCCAGUCAGAAGGGCGGGGUCGUGGUGGUGAAGGGCUGCGACCUGAACGACCCCGAGCAGGAGUGGGCAUACGACGAGGAGCACGAGCUGAUCCUGGCUGGGCUGCUGUGUUUGGACAUGUCCGAGAUCCGCUCCACCGACCCGCCCCGCCUUAUGAAGUGCCAUGGAUCAGGGGGGUCGCAGCAGUGGACCCUGGGGAAAAGUAACCGCCUAUAUCAAGUCUCCGUUGGGCAGUGUUUGGCAGUUAUGGACCCGCUCAGCCCCAAAGGCUACGUCGCCAUGGCGAUAUGCGACGGAUCGCAGUCUCAACAAUGGCAGCUGGAGGACUGAUCCUGCCAAGAGGAUGGAGGGGGUUGGGUGGGGUGGUGGGGGCUGUAUCAUUAAUAAACCCUCAUCCCUGGCUUUGGCCCCUGCCCCCACCGCCUGCCCCUGCUCCCCUGCCAGCGUUACUGCACUGUUCCCACAAAGGCAGAGGAAAGCGGGCUUUCUUUCUGGUCAGGGAGACGCAGCUUUCAACAACGGACAAAACUAGUCAACCAGUCAACUACUCUACCGGCCGGUACACGGCCCAGUUAACAGGUAGGAUCUAGCUGCAGGCUUAGCCAUAGCUGAAACUGUUAUCGUGUGCUAUUGGUCAGUUUGAUUUCAUUUCUUUUUUCCCGGAAAUGUAUUUUCCUUUUAUGGUUUUUAGAAACUAUUCUCGAAUCUUGUACUGCGGUUAUGAAUCGUUUUAUUGCAAAGUGUUAUUUAUAAUCGUUGUUUUAACCCUUUCUUGAUUUUUUUCAAAUUUAUUUGCACAGUAAGGGUAUCUUUUCACUAUUUUGGCAUAGAGUUCCAAAAUAAGUUUACGGAAGAGUACCACAGAAGAAGACCGUAGAAGACCCUAUUUUUAAGACAAUACAAAAUCUAAAUAGUAUUAUUCUAAUUGUUAUAAUCUACAUAAGCGAUGACAAAGAAGUGUUUUGUGAAAAGGCAAAGCAUUUUUGAAAUCUGCACAAGAAUGCUCCAUUAUGCAGUUGUCCUAAGAAGAGAAAAAUAUUGAUCACUGGAAUAUACUUGCUUUUCAAAAUCCAUGGCUUUUCACUGCAGUUAGAACAUGGAGUGGUUAGGCCUCUCACUGCAGUUAGAACAUGGAGUGGUUAGGCCUUUCACUGCAUUUAGAACAUGGAGUGGUUAGGCUUUCCAUUGCAUUUAGAAUAUGGUGUGGUUAGGCUUUUCACUGCAGUUAGAACAUGGAGUGGUUAGGCCUUUCACUGCAGUUAGAACAUGGAGUGGUUAGGCCUUUCACUGCAGUUAGAACAUGGAGUGGCUAGGCCUUUCACUGCAGUUAGAACAUGGAGUGGUUUGAUUGUUCUUCAGUGCGGUUUGUUGAUUGACAGUUUCUUUGAGGUGAGGUUGUGUGGAAACUCGUGGGGAGCUGUAGGGUGCAGCUGCAGCCCUGACUGAGGGACUGAACGCAGUGGAGUACCAGCAGUGUGCAGUGAAGCUGCCUCGGGCCAGGCCCAUCGACGGUGCAGAAACGGCGAAAAUGUUUGUGCAACCUUCGGGCACAAGUGUCUGCUUAAUGUGAAUGUAAACAGGUUUUAAAAUUUUGAAUAUGCAGUGUUUUCUUUUGUAAAUUAUGCAACCAAAUAAAGAGGUUUUAAUUCCAAA